AUGGCUAUUCCUUUCAAGGAGGCUCUUUUGCGUCUCGAGAACCGUCGCGUCAAAUCGACGCGGCCCCUCAUCCCCCCUCAGAUCCUGCAAGAGGAUCUCCCACUAACACUUUCUGCGGCCCAGACGGUUCUUGAAGGCCGUAAGGCGACAGAGGCCAUCCUGCGCGGCACUGAUGACCGUCUUAUUGUAGUCGUGGGUCCGUGCUCGGUUCACAAUAUCGAUGCCGCCCUUGAUUACGCGCACAAACUGCGCGCCUACGCAGACGAGGCGAAAGAAGAUCUUCACAUCAUUAUGCGCGUCUACUUCGAAAAGCCCCGAACAACUGUCGGUUGGAAAGGCCUCAUCAAUGACCCCGACAUGAACGGUAGCUUCCAAAUUAACAGAGGCCUCCGGAUGGCCCGCACGCUUCUUCUUGAUGUCGCGAAAUUGGGCCUGCCUGCAGGCUGUGAAUUCCUCGACACAAUUAGCCCGCAAUAUACCGCAGAUUUGGUAUCGUGGGGCGCGAUUGGCGCGCGCACCACGGAGUCGCAGGUACACCGGGAACUUACUUCAGCACUGUCGAUGCCCACGGGCUUCAAAAAUUCAACUGAUGGCGCUGUUGGUGUUGCCAUUGAUGCUUGCCGAGCUGCGCGCUCGGGACAUGUCUUCCUUUCUGUUGGAAAGGAGGGUUUGAGCAGUAUUGUCGAAACUGAGGGUAAUCCGGAUGUGCACGUAAUUCUUCGUGGCGGUGCGAAGGGACCGAACUAUGCUGCAGAGUAUGUUCGAGAUUGCGGCGAGAAACUCGCAAAGGCUGGUCUUCCUCAAAAGAUUAUGAUUGACUGCAGCCACGGAAAUAGCUCCAAACAACAUCGCCGUCAAAUUGAUGUUGCAGAGGACAUCGCCCAACAACUCGAAUCCGGAGAUACUGGAUCAUUCAUCAUGGGUGUGAUGCUCGAAUCAAAUAUUGUCGAAGGUCGCCAAGAUAUCCCUGCUGCCGGUCCUGUCGGGCUCAAAUACGGCCAAUCGGUUACUGAUGCAUGCAUCUCUUGGGAGGCCACUGUCCCUGUCCUGGACAGAUUGCGGGAGGGUGUCCGGGGCCGCCGUAACGCAGUCUGGAAAGCAGCGCGAGGCAUCAAUGCCGGGAGUGAGAUCAAGGAGAACUAG